AUGAUAGCAAACGAUGCAUCUGAUAAAGUUUUAUGCCGUUGUUUUUCAUCUUAUUUAGAUAGUCCUGCACUUGAUUGGUUUUGUUCUUUGCUUGCAGAUUCUAUUUCUCGUUUUCGAUACUUGUCAAAGCUGUUCGAGGAGCAUUUUGCCAGAUCAUCUAUCUACCUACAUGAUUCCGACUAUCUGAACACAAUCAAACAAUGUCAGAAUGAAAGCCUCAAAGAUUACAUGACACGUUUCACAAAGGUGGCUAUGAGUAUACCAGAUCUCCACCCUGAAGUGCAAUUGCACGCCAUCAAAAGCAGACUCCGACCAGAAAAAUUUCAGGAAGCUAUUGCUAUCGUCAAACCUAAAACUAUGGCCAAAUUCUGUGAAAAAGCGAAAGGCCAGAUAGACAUUGAAGAACUCCGACAAGCUCGGAAAACAGAAAGGCCCCAGUACAAAGAAGAAGAUAAACCGCGGGAUAACAAAAAAAGCUUCAAGUCGUCCCCCCGUUAUGAAUCCUAUACACAGUUCAAUACAAAAUGUGACGACAUAAUUAAGGAGAUCCUAAAUUCCAAAUUGAUCAAACCUCCACGGAAGGCCGGCAACUAUCCAGAUUCGAAAGGUGCAGACAAAUCGAAGUAUUGCACUUUUCACCAGAAGCACGGCCAUACCACUAAUGAUUGUGUCAUCGCGAAAGACCUCCUAGAGCAACUAGCUCGGCAAGGCCAUCUCGAUAAAUACAUCGGUGGCCAUAUUCAACGUCGUACCCCUUCCACUGGCGACUAUAACCCGGCAGAACAGCAUGGCCGAGACAAAGAAAGGAUGAGCAUAAGUCACCCUGAACAAUCAAGAGGAGUUAUUAAUUGUAUUUCUGGAGGUUUUGCAGGUGGAGGCGCUACAAGCUCGGCAAGGAAAUGCUCUUACCGAGCUAUGUUAUCCUCCCAUUGGAGCAGGUCAAAUACCGAAAUAAACUCUUUCUGA